AUGAUGGCUAAAUCGAAUGAUUUCAUCGAGUGUUUCAUCCAAAUGUCAAAAUCAUUAGAGAAUAGAGACAACAUUUUUGAGAAAAUUCAAGAGUUCGUUUGCCAUACGUAUGGAUUUAACCGCCUGAAAAAGGUCAAUGAGGCAAGAGUAGCGUUGUUUGAAAAAACAUAUAAAUUCUUGGAUAAAGAGACAUUCAAGUUACCAAAGAAAGAUGAUGACGAUGAAAAUAUAACAGCAGACAGCUCUGACAGUGACUCGGGCAAUGAAUCAGAGAGAGAUGGUUGUGACUCAAGCCAAAGCGAAGCCGAAAAUGAUUAA